UUUUCAAACUUCGACGUGUACAUGACUCCGCGUGAAUGUAGGUAAAAAAAUGUAUUUGGACUGUAUCUGAGAGUAUAACGCGAAACUACGUUUGUUUAAUUAAUUGUGUAUAUGACUGUGAUCGUGAGAAAUACAUUUCAUCAGUUCGUCGGCUAAGUACGGAACAUAAAAGCUUCUAUGGCUUGCAUCGUGAGUUGGUGCAACAACAGGCGAGGGACUCCAGUGUCGAAAUUAAAUAAAAUAUCUUACUACGGAUUUCCUAAAAGCGAGAAAAGAAGAGAGGCUUGGACGAAUUUAUUCAGGAAAGUUCUUAAACUUCCAUUUUGGGCUCCAACUAAGAAUACAAUAAUAUGCAGUGCACAUUUCGAAGUAUCGCACAUAUAUCACACUCCAAGUGGUCGUGUCCGAUUAAAUAAACAUGCAUUUCCGACUAAGCUCUUAACGGACCCAAACGCGAAAGACGCUCCAGAUGAAGUGGAAACUCAGCAGCCAGAGGUACAGCCAGAGAUACAGCCAGUAGUUAAGCCAGUGGCAAGGCCGGUGGUUCAGCCAGUAGUUCAGCCAGUAGCUCGCCCAGUAGUUCGGCCAGUUGAUCAGCCAAUAGACCAUCCAGUGGUGGAGUCUGUGAAAGAGUUGAAAUAUAAGGAAAUGCGGGAGAGAAAGUCGAAUGAAGUGGAGAAGUUCAAGAGGAGAAUAAUACGCGUGGUCGCGAGACACAUCAGCGAGAACAAUGAUGAUGAGGAGCUGGAGAAAAUGUGGGAGAUGAUGAAGAAGGAGACGCGGUGUGACUGUAAAUUGUUAUGGGAACGAAUGCGAACCCUAACCAUAAAGAAGAUCAAACGCUUGCUGCCAGCGGAUGACAGGAACGACGGUAUCACAAGCAUCGCCCGGCUCUCCGCUACUGACUGGCUAUUAUUCGACCUGGUGCUGGUUCACGAGAAGAUUGACGUCAUAGGGGAGGAUCUAUGGGUAGUGUCGGGCGAGGAGCCAGAAGUUCUGUACGAGUUGUUUUUCCUAGUCCAAGAGUACGAUGUGGAGGAAUUGACUGGUCCGAAUCUUGUUGACGCGUGGUUAAACCUCACACGGGAGUAUAAUGAAGGUGAUCGCAAAUGUUCGCCAAUGAUGUUGCAACGUCGGUGGUACCAAAUGAAAAAAUGCGCCAGAGAGAGGUUUUACAAGUUCUGGGGCAGUUACAGAGGCAACGUGAACUAUUUGGAGCGAGCGAAAUCGUUCAAGCCGACAAACCUACAAGUGGAUAUAGUUAGAAAAUACAGAAAUAUAAUUGUAAGUAAGUUCCCUGAUUGGAACGAAUUGAUAGCCGAUGGAAAGGUCAUAAUGGCCCAGGAAUUCGAUGAAAGGAUCGCUGCUUCGCGAAAAAAACCGGAAACACAAGAUGAUCAACCCGAAAUUGAGCUUGUGGAACAAAACGUGGAGACAAUAAGUCUUGAAGGUGACUCUGACUCUGAAAAUACUAAGGAUGAUGAUGAUGAUAAUGGGAGGGAAAGACAUAGCCAAGAAAAAAAUGACACGUCUAAGUUACCUGUCAAAAUUAAAAAAGAACUCGCUGAGCCAAUAGACAUUGAUGAAACUGAUAGUCUUAAAUUACUGGAAUCAAUAAAUAUCCCAUGCGAAACACCUUUUGGGCAAAUUGAACACGAGUCGCCUCCUGCUGUUAAUGAAAAUAAUGCAACUGAGAAGGAUCCUACUUCUCUUUAUGAUAUUCCCAAAGAUAAUCUUGAAAAUGAAGCAGAUGAUGACGCUUAUAUGGAUGAACCAAUACCUUGCGAUGAUGACGUCAUUGAAGAUGAAGAUUUUGAUCAAAGUAAAAACAAAAAGGCCAACAAUGAAAAUCUAGAAGUCUUUAAAUCGAAAAGCCCAGAAGAGAGUCCGGUCCAGGUUAGCGAAAACACUAAAAGUGGUAAUCUUGUAACCGUUGAUAGAAAAACCAUAAUAGGUGUUAGUAAUGAAGCUACUGAAAAUUCUGAGAGCAUAGAAAUGUCGAAUUCAAAUGCUUUACUGGUGCAUGAUAAUGUUGAAAUAAAUGGAAUAGCAAAUAAUUCGGCGAUAACUAGAGAAGUGGAAAGUACCACGAAUUGUGCUCUAAAUGCAUUAGAAGAACCUACAACGGAAGAAGUGCUUCCAAAAAUAACAAAUGUCACUAGUGUUGCUGUGUCAACAUCGAUAAAGCCCGAAGUUGUUGUUGAUCAAAUUUUAGCGGAAAAAGCAAACAAAUUAAAACUAUCAUUCUUUCAGAACAAAGAUUUUUUAGAUAAUUUUGAAGAGCUUCCCAGUGAUAUACAGUUUGUUGAUGAUGGUAUUAUGAUUGACGAUGAUGAAGACGAUGUAAAAGUCAAAGUUGAAAUUAAAAUGGAAGACGAAAAAGUAACAGAUACGAAUUAUGAAAAUGAAACUGGGAAUGUUGACAUGAAACUUUUAUUAUUUCCAACUGUUUACACGAAAAAAUUGGACCAUAUGGAUGUUUUCAAAUUUUUGGAAUAUGAUCAAAUACGUGAUAAAAGGAUUAUAGAUUGUGCUUUCAUUGAAAGCAAACCGGUUGAGGUUAAAGCUGUUAAAAAAGAAGAAAACAUUAAAGAAGAACCAAAAGAAGAGAUUUAUGCAGUCCAUGCUGACAAUGACUUGACCACUUUUAGCGAUGAAGAUUCUGUAGAUUAUCAAAAACAUAGAAUAAAUUUAUCAAGCUGGCUCUUGCAAAAACCUCGUGUUACAAACUACAAUCCAAUACAGCUCUGUAAAAAUCCUGAUUUUAAUACAAGAUUGAAGCGCUUGACCUCUGGAUUCCUUAGCUACGAACGAAAUCGUCACUAUUUAAAGCAAUGUCAGCCGCUCACCAUCGAUCUACAUAAAACUUUCGAAACAAAACUCAUAGACAAAACCCUUUACUUGAAAGGUGAAUAUAAACAAGCAAUUCCUCACAUUCCAGAACCUUAUAGCGAAGCACCGCUAGCUCUCACUCCACUUAUAUCUAGUUACGAGACAUGUGCAGGAAAAAUAUCUAAUACAUACAACAAGAACAAUGUUGAUCAAGUAAAUGAUCUUCCCAAUACAUGCAGCCAAUUGCCAACCUCAAUUUUACAGCCUGUGUCAUCUCAAAGGAGUAAAGUGGUGAAUUUGCCAGAUAUUAAUGAAGUGCGUCGUAUUAAUCAAAAAUUAUUGUGUGCUGAAGUGGCACCCAUUCAAAGCACAGGUCUUAGUCCGCCAGUGACAAUUGUCGCUAGGUCAAAUUCUAGUGAUAAAGAAGUGGAAGUGGUGGAAGUUGAUCAUGUCAUUGGAAAUUCAAGCGGUAAAGUUGGCAGUCAAGAAGACGGACAAACACUUAACGUUUCUAAUGUUAAUAACCAAGAGGAUGCAAUAAGUACAUCCGACAUAGACAUUGUACAAAACCCAACCACUAUUCCUAUUGUAAAUAACGUCGACAUGACCUCCAUCAAAAUCAAUUCGAAGUCGGUAGCAAAAACGGUUAAGUUGAAUACAAAGAAAAAUAAACUCAUAAAUCGUUUAAGUAGAAUUACAACUGCUUGUUCUGAUAGAAGAGGGAAAACUAAAAAACUUGUAGAUAAACCUGUGAAUAAAACUGUACGAUUGCAUCGUCCUAGCAUACCUUGGGUUUCGAAGAAUUACUCGUGUGAAGAAGCUUUGUUGGCGUCUGAUACGGUGGACAAAAUGUUGAUGCUUUUCACAGGUGAAAUAAGUUGUCGGAAAAAGAAAUCUAAUUCGAAUCAUAAAAUAAUAGCAUCUGCUGCCUGUGCGGCGUCGAGUGAAUUAGAAAAGGAAACAUUAGAAAUCGUGUCUAUGCAAACAAAUUCAAUACCAAUGGCUCAGCCUAUUGUCAAUAAGCAAAAGAUUGAUAAUCCUGUCCAAAAGAAACCAAAAAAAAGAACGAAACGAAAGCCUAUUCUAAAUCCGGGACAGCAAAAUUCUGAUGAAGUAAAUGGUGUUUUGACUUAUUGUUGUUGGGCUCGUAAGAAAAUUGUUCAAAAGGGUAUUAAUGAGGAUUUUCACAUAUGCGAGACUCACUGUACGUGUUGUUGUAGAUAUAUUCUUGCUCAAAUUCUGAAACGGCGACACUGGAAAGCCCUGAAGGGCAAGCGAGAUCAACAAAGUGUUGAGCCAAUUAUUUUAUCUGAUGACGAUAGCGACACAGGAAAAACUAAUUUAGAUACUAAUUCAUUGAUAAAUAAUGCGAGUUCUCUCGUUCCUAAAUCUGUAAAUACCGAUAAUAUAAAUAUCCAAGAUAUAUCAAGCAUAUCAGCACCAGAAGACAGCAAUACAUUACAAAUGGCUAAUAUAUCUGACUUAACUCAACAAAAUGUAUUGACAACACCUGUAACGCAACCUCCAACGAUCCAAUCACAAUUAAAACUUGCAUUGGCGGGAACAAAUUUACCCAUACCAGAAACUCAGUUGUCACAAUUACAACCUAAGCCAGGUAUAACAGAAACUUCGCUUUCCGUACCCAUUUCUGAAUCGGUUUAUUCAAAAUCAAUCGUCACAAGUAGGCUAAGAACUAAACCUGCUGAUAGAAAAAAACGUCAAGAAAUACUUAAAACCGUUUACAGCUACAACCAGUCAUCUCAAGAUAAACUUAAGACAAAACAUAAAGGUCCCGAGCUACCAAAACCAUCCCCCAUUUUUAUCGGUAAAUAUAAAAUUUUACUUUCUAGCAGACCUUAUUAUAGAACUCCAGAAAUACCUCUUGAAGCUCCUCAAAUAUUGUUACCAAAUGGUGUUCAUUUUGUGCUACUGCCAAAUAAAGAACUAGCUGUGUCUUUCGAUCCUGGUGUUGAACUUGAUCAAAAUGAACUCCAAGAAUUGCAGGCUAUCAAAAAUAAUAUUGAGAAACAUAUUGAUACAUUUUCAUUGUUUAAUCAAUUAACGUCUAAUAAUGUGUUUGACGGCGAAAUAGAAAACAACACACAAGAAGAUAACGAGACUAGUGAAAAAUUUGAAAAUGUAACAUCUGGAAAUCAAAAUAUAGUUAGUGAUCUGCAACUCAAUGACACAAAUAAUUUACCUAAUACAAACCAAGAUCAUAACAUAUCUGAUUUAUCAUUAGAUAAAAUUAACAAUACAGAAACUAAUAAUUUACCGGACGAUAAAGACGAAAAUGAACAAAAUUCCGAUAAACAAGAAAAGGUUGUUGGUGAAGUCCUUAAAGAAGUAAACCCAAGCACUGAUACAGCGACGAGUAGUCGAAAAACAAUAUUAUCAGACCUGAUGGAAAUGUCUGGAAUAUCUGAGGAAGACGCUAAAAUACCGGAGACACCUACUCGAAAUCUUUUAAUGACAAUUAACCCUUUGCCAAUAGAUGGAAUAGUACAAACUCCUUUACCUUCCCCUGCAAUUGAGCAAGAUUUGGUGGUGUCUAAUUUUAUACAAUCACCGCUUGCUCUUGCCACAUUGGCUUCUCGACCGGAUCUUAAAAUAGUGACAACAUACAACGAUCUAAAGUCAGCCUUUAACAAUAAGGCUAGUUUCUUUAAAUUAGAUAUUAUAACUGGUGAAAUUGGAAAUGUGAACGUUUGUAUUAAGAAGCGCGAACAGUUAAGUAAACCUAAAAAUGGCAUUCGAAACUCUGAAAUUGUGGUUGACUUAACAGAAGAGACUGAAAACGAUGGAAAACCUUCAAACACCGAAAAAGACGAUACUGGGGAAACUUUUGAUAUUGAUGCUGAAAGUGUAGCUACACCAGUAAAACUGUUUCGAGCCAUACAUCCAUCCAUAUUAAGAAACGAUAGUAAAGGCUUAUCUGUUCUUAAAACAUUCCAAGACGGUACACGCAGCGGAAGCCUUUUAAAGAGAGUGGAUGCAAAUAAGAUAUUAAAAAUUGUUAACGUCAAUAGAAGAAAACAACAAUUAAAGAACCCUACCCGUAUAGAAAUAUUAGAUUCAGAUGAGGACAGUCAAUUGGAAAAAAACAAGAUUGAAGGAGGAAAAAGUCAUGAAAAAAGGCAGUUGAAUGAAACUGUUAAAGAUGAUACCGAUGACUCUGAUGAAGAACCUUUAGCAAAGAAGGCCAAACGUCAAUCUGAGAUCGCAGCUUACAAUGUCAAAAGCACGAAUAAUGAUGAAUCAAAUGAAAACGACAAAUCUCAAUCUGACGAAAAUAUGACUCUGUUAGAAAUGCCAACUGAUAUGUUGAUUGAUCAGGAAUUAGAUGAACAACAUCAACCGUGUGAGAAUGAAUCGGAAGAAGAUUGUAUUUUAGGUGUAUAGACUGAUUAUUUUAAUCUAUUGCGAUAAAUUCUCUAUUUUUUCCUAAAUAAUAGUAGAAACAUGAAUCAUAAUAAUUUGAAUGAUUUUUUUCUUUAUAAAUCUUGAAAGGUUUAAUUGAUAUUGGAAUACAUUUUAACAGAGACUUGAAUGAUAGGUUAUGAACCUUAAUGACUUUAAAACAGAUUAUAGCAUUAAUUCUCUUAUAAAGUGUUUGGAUUGUAAUCUUACAAAUUUACAUUGCUUGAAAAUUAUUUAAAAAUAAAAGUUAUUUAAGAUAUCCAGUACCGUAAUAGUGCCGUGGCAUAAUUACUGGUAUAUGAGCAUUGAUCAUUUUGAUUUUGAGUCUCAGUAUAAUUCUCAUUUUAGGGAACGUCUAAAUAAAUCAUUAUUACAGGGUAUAGCUGAAAACUCGAUAGUCGGACUAAAAACUUAUGACACUUAUAACAUCCACAAUAUUAUCUCAUUGUCUUAGUUAAAUUUAAUCUAAUUUAUAAUUUUUAGUAAGAUUUGUUGUCUGUGAUAUUACAAAUUUUAGAGAAACUUAGAAAGUACCUAAUUAUUGAGGUAAAUAUAUUUUUGUGUUUAUAAACUUACAAAAUUUGUUCAGUUUGAUAUUAAUAUGUAGGAGUAAUAGUUAUACCUACAGACAAUUUAUAUUCAUUCUGAUUCUGAAAUUUCAACUAAAGCAUAAACACGAAACGAAAUACCUUAUAGAUGUAUAUAAUUUAUAAACGUUAUCCUUAAAGGAUAUCUUGUAAAUAUAUUUUUAAGUUUAGUUUAUAUUAAUUACAUAAACCUGAAGAGUUUGUUUGAACGCGCCAAUCUGAGGAACUACUGGACCAAUUUCAAAAAUUCUUUUUCCGUUGGAUACGUAGUUAAUUUGCGAGUGCUAUAAGCUAUAUGUACUACGGACGAAGCCGGGGUGGACCGCUAUAAAUGUGUAUAGUUUUGUCGUUAUUUCCUCAAAUUCGUGGAUUUAUACAUAUAUAAUUGUAAUAUUGCAAUUCUGU